AUGAAGAGGACACAAGGGUAUGAACAGGACGUUGGUUCUCAUUCUAUUUAUGAUGAGUUUUAUGUGUUGGGUGGUGAUCAGUCGGAUGGAAGUGGACAGCAUCCUUUGCAACGACAGGUACAGUUGGACUCAAUGACGCGUCAGCUGAAUGGUUUGGUGUCUCCUCAAUUGCCAGGUCACAAGACGUUUAUGAAUGAGUUUGGUGAUGUUAAAGAGAUUGGUUAUGGGAUGCCUUUGAAUGGUGGCGACGUCGAUUUCCACAGUGAGGGUUCCCCUUCAAAGAUUCAUCAGGAUUACAGUAGGGAUGAAAGUAACGGUCUCGUUGAGAGUUUUGACGGCGAGCAAGAACAAGAACAGGAACAGAAACAGAAAAGGACAAGAGCUAGGGGUGAGGCUUUGGAUAUUUUGAAGUCAGAGUUUAAUUUGAACCCAAAUCCUACUUCAAAACGUAGAAAAGUUCUUUCUGAAUUAACAGGUUUAUCCGAGAAAAAAGUUAGAAUAUGGUUUCAAAAUAGAAGAGCUAAAGUUAGAAAAUCAGAUAAGUUGGGUAAAAACUCAAAUACGGAUUUGACAAGGAUAAAAAGUUACGGUGACGGGUUCGACGAUGACUCUGAAGAUACCGUCUCGACGUUUUUCGAUAGAGUACCUCUAGAAGCUAACAAAAGCUAUUCUUUUAUAGACAUAUUUUCAAUUACUGUCGGUAGUUGGAACCGUAUGAAAAGUGGUUCUUUGACCAAGGAAAGUCUGCCGACAGUUUCCAGACUGGCAAAUCUAUCUCCUUUCUCCAUCAAUGAGCUCAUGUCGGAUUCUACCGAUUUGUUGGUAUUGAUCUCUAAAAAAAAUUAUGAAAUAAAUUACUUCUUUAGUGCGAUGGCUAAUGAUACUAGAAUUUUGUUCCGUGUGUUUUUCCCAAUAAAUACAGUCGUGAAUUGCUCGUUGGUUCUUGAGGCAGACGACAUCGUUACCACUGGCGAUGAAAGCGAUAGUGAUACAAAACUCGGGGAAUUGAAACUUUCUCUAUCAAGAUCACCAAAUUUUGCUGUUCAUUUCCUUUCUGGUGAUUAUGAUUCUCCAUCAAACCAAUGGUCUAUUUGCGAAGAUUUCUCAGAAGGGAAACAGGUAAGUGAUGCUUUCACUGGGGGUUCAAACAUACCGCAUUCUUUAAAAGGUAUUCAAGAUUCAUUGAAAUUUAUGAAUUCUCUAAUCCUGGAUUAUAAUAGUACAACGCAUGAAAGAAUACAACAGCAUCCGAUCAAUCUGAAUAACGAAAUACCGAAUCCACUAGGUACAGGUACAGAAAGUGGUGAUUCUCAUUUCGGCAAUUCGUUCUUUUUUGAAGAACACGAUCCACAUCAAUUAUUAAAUACAAAUACAAAUACAAAUGAUGGAACGUAUAAUUUUAUUAAUAACAACACUCAUGAAAAGAAUCAUCCUCAUCUCAAUAUUGUGCAACAUCAGGAUGACCAUGGUACAGGUUUCCCAAUGUCUCAUGAUAUACCAUUAGUGAAUACUCCUGAAUUCCUGAAAAGUCCACAAGAUAUGCAUCAACAUGAAAAUUUAAAUUCAAAUAAUAAGUGGUUCUAA